AGUGCCCUCGGCUGCCUUGCGGGCCACACGGGUCGCGCGGCGGCGAGUGAGCAGCCGAGGUCCGCUGAGGCCUGCGGCUGUGUUCCUUGUCCCUGCUGAAACUGGAAGAUGAAGGGCAGCCGCCGGUGCACACAUAGUCUGUGGCUUGCAGACAGCCAGAGUGCGCAGGGGAGUCAGCGCCCUCUGCGCUCCCAGACCCGGCCAGAGAGGAAGCGAAGUGUGCGUUCCGGACUGGCUCGCCCCUUGACUACACGCGACACUCCUCUCCCGGACCCAGCCGGCGAGCUCCCAUGCCGCUGAUCCGCCCCCUGGGGACGCGGCGCACGGGCCGGGCCAGGGCUCCGGAGCGAGGCUCCGCGGGACUCAGAACCCCGCGCUCAUCUGCAUGCUGCUUUGCAUCUCAUUUACAUAGUUUACCAUCCCCUACCCCAUAGUUAUGGAUGGAUGAGAGAAGCUGACCUUCCACUCUGGGACCAUCUUCCCUUCUACCAUGGAGAAAGCCUUGUUGCCCCUGACCAUAACAUCUGACCCAAGACCCUUCAAUCAACAGCCUCCGGACCUGAGAUGUGCCUUGGAACCCCAGGACAGCCUUGAACUGGCGCCUGCUCUUGUGUGUGCGCUUUGCUGCUGCUUUGGAAUCAUCUACUGCUGCUUCGGCUACCGCUGCUUCAAGGCAGUGAUGUUUCUCUCGGGUCUGCUGUCAGGAGCUCUGGUGAUCUUCCUUCUGUGCCACAAGGAGCGAGUGUUGGAGACACAGUUGAGCCUGGAGGUGAGCGCAGGCAUCGCGCUGGGCAUCGGACUCCUCUGCGGCCUGGUCACCAUGCUGGUUCGCAGCGUCGGGCUCUUUCUGACUGGUCUGCUGCUAGGUCUGACCCUAGGUGCUGGAACCUUAUUGGGCACAGAACCCAUCUACCAGCCACGUUCAGCCUGGGUGCCUAUCGGUGGACUGAUGGGGCUGGCGCUGCUGGGAGCCCUGCUCACACUCCGGUGGCCACGCCCGUUCACGGUGCUAGGCACUGCCCUCCUAGGCGCUGCCGUGCUGGUGGCCUGCGCUGACUACUUCUUGGAAGGGCUGGCACUGGGCACUCGGCUGAGCGAACGCCUGCAGGCGCUUCCAGAAUUGCUUCCUCUUUGCUGGUAUAGCUGGGUCUUACUGGGGGCCUGGCCAAUCUUGGGGGCUCUUGGGACACUGGCCCAGUGGAAACUCAUGGCUGAGGAACGCGGAAGCCACACCAAUGCAGUGGUCUUGAGCCACCAGAGAAGGCAUCUCCAGCUCCUUCGGAUCCAUCAGCAAGAAGCUAAGUGGCAUCGGAAUCCUUCUGGAGUGGGACUGUAUGAAGGCAGCUAUCAAAGUCAACUUUCCCCCAAUAUCCGGAGCCUUGGUGACAGUCUGGCUCCAGUGAGUGGGAGGGUGAGGUACCCUGGGGAAGAUGGGUCAGAGGGCAUACAGUGAUGGCCAGCGUGAGCUUAGGGUCUGACCCAGAACCCCCUUCUACUCUCUCUGGCCUGUGUCCACUCAGCGUUAUCUCCAGAGUCUCGGUGAGGCCACGGGUCCCCACACUGUCCUGGACCUGGGUUCUGACUGCAGUCCCACUGUCCUCUGUCCAUCUUCUCAUUCCGCCCAGACCUGAGCCUAAGCCUCCGGUAAUGCCGCUACCGAGUAAGGGCAGGAGAUUGCUAAGUGGACAGGGCCUGAGCCCACGGGACCCACACAGAGUUCCCUACCUCUUGGACUUGGAGAUAGUCUCUAUCCCCAGACUAACCCUUUUAAAAGUGGGCAGAGAGAAUUCUUAUAAAGAUGGGGAAGAGCAAUACAGCACCUACCUCUUUCAAUGGUCAAGGUGCCCUGGUCCCUAGAGACACUGGCUCCAAACCAAGGAGAUUUACCCAAAACAGCUAUUUAAAAAAAAAAAAAAAUUCCUAUAGUGCUGAGACAGAGCCAAGAGUGUUGUCCAGAGUAGGCAAGCGUCCUACCACUGAACUACAGCCAUUCCCAAAUAUCCAUUUAAACGUCCCGGUGUGCCUUACUGUGGUAAAAUACAGGGCUGUGUUGUAGGACCUGUAGAAAACCGAGGAGCCCCUGAGGCAUUUCACAGUUUCUUUGAGCCGGGCGGUGGUGGCGCACGCCUUUAAUCCCAGCACUUGGGAGGCAGAGGCAGGCGGAUCUCUGUGAGUUCGAGACCAGCCUGGUCUACAAGAACUAGUUCUGGGACAGGCUCCAAAACCACAGAGAAACCCUGUCUCGAAAAAACAAACAAAAAAAAAAAAAAAAAAAAAACAGUUUCUUUGAUAGGGAAAAUGGCACAGAAGUACUCUAAGAUCCUCCAGCUCCCAGGUUCCUUGGGGGUACCUGGACUUCUGGUUGGCCUUUCUCAGUGGACCCCAUAGUCUUGAGCCCCCUCUACCUCAGGGGAAUGCAAUCCUCCAUGGUGCUUUCUCCUCUCUCUUCAACGAGGGGAGACCACAGAAUCUGUCUCAGCUCCCCUCUCCAAGAGCUGGCUCCUUCUCCAAGAAGAGAGCAUUGGCUUGCAUGCCUAAUUCUUGCCUUUUUGCUCAGAGAAACCUGGGCUUCAGGGCUACAUGGUAGUCAAGUGCCUUCUGCCUCCACUAACCCAUCCUAACGCUCCCUCCUCUGACUCUCCUGAGCAGGGUCUGCUUCCUGGUUUCCCAGACAGUAUGAAGAAAGACACAUCCCUCCCCCAGCAGCAAAUCUGUAAUGAGAGGGGGGAAGAACAAGGGAACAUGGGAAUAAAAUGGCUUUGAAAAUUCAACUGGGAAGCUGGACCUCUCCCGUAGCUUUUUACUUUCUUUACACGGCAAAGCAAAGGUGAUCAGGCUGUCCCUAAAGAUCUGCUGUGGCACCUUUAUCAUGUGUCACACUCUGUAUAUGAUGUACGUAUACACAUGAUACACAUAUGUACCCAGACAGCUCAGCUCUCAGGAACACGAAGUUAGCCUUUAUUAAAUACAAAUGUGUCAGACUCCAUCAGUCUGACAUAUAACAUUUCACCUAUAACAUUUCA